CCGAACCGCUCGAGGCUUGGCCGGAGCUCGCUGCGUGACGGCGAGAAGCACAACGGCGGCGGGAGGCGAUGAAGAGCAGCCGGGCCCGGAGUUCCUGAGGGGGCCGCGCCGGGCCGGGAGUCGUCGUCGCAGGGCCCCAGAGGCGCCAUGGCGGCCAAUAUGUACCGGGUGGGCGAUUAUGUCUACUUUGAGAAUUCCUCUAGCAAUCCCUACCUCGUGCGCCGAAUCGAAGAGCUCAACAAGACGGCCAAUGGCAACGUGGAGGCCAAGGUGGUGUGUCUCUUCCGCCGGCGGGACAUCUCCAGCAGCCUCAACAGCCUGGCGGACAGCAAUGCCCGAGAAUUUGAAGAAGAAUCCAAGCAGCCUUCUGUGUCGGAGCAGCAGCGGCAUCAGCUAAAGCACCGCGAGCUCUUCCUGUCACGCCAGUUUGAGUCACUGCCGGCCACCCACAUACGGGGGAAAUGCAGUGUGACGCUGCUCAACGAGACGGACAUCCUCAGCCAGUACCUGGAUAAAGAGGACUGUUUUUUCUACUCGCUGGUCUUUGACCCGGUUCAGAAGACUCUCCUGGCUGACCAGGGCGAGAUCCGGGUGGGCUGCAAAUACCAGGCCGAGAUCCCCGAACGGCUGGCAGAAGGAGAAUCUGACAACCGGAACCAGCAGAAGAUGGAGAUGAAGGUGUGGGACCCAGACAACCCGCUGACUGACCGGCAGAUCGACCAGUUCCUUGUGGUGGCUCGAGCCGUCGGCACCUUCGCUCGGGCCCUCGACUGCAGCAGUUCCAUCCGGCAGCCCAGCCUUCACAUGAGUGCAGCGGCUGCUUCCCGGGACAUCACACUGUUCCACGCCAUGGACACGCUGCAGCGGAACGGCUACGACCUCGCCAAGGCCAUGUCGACACUGGUGCCCCAGGGUGGGCCUGUGCUGUGCAGGGACGAGAUGGAGGAGUGGUCCGCCUCGGAAGCCAUGCUCUUCGAGGAGGCCUUGGAGAAGUACGGCAAGGACUUCAACGACAUCCGGCAGGACUUUCUCCCGUGGAAGUCUCUGGCCAGCAUUGUGCAGUUCUACUACAUGUGGAAAACCACAGACCGAUACAUCCAGCAGAAAAGGUUGAAAGCGGCCGAAGCUGACAGCAAGCUGAAGCAGGUGUACAUCCCCACCUACACGAAACCGAAUCCAAACCAAAUAAUUUCCGUGGGCUCCAAGCCCGGCAUGAAUGGAGCCGGCUUCCAGAAGGGGCUGACCUGCGAGAGCUGCCACACUACCCAGUCGGCGCAGUGGUACGCCUGGGGGCCCCCCAACAUGCAGUGCCGCCUCUGUGCCUCCUGUUGGAUCUACUGGAAGAAGUACGGCGGCCUGAAGACCCCGACGCAGCUCGAGGGAGCAGCACGCAGCGUCUCGGAGCCGCACUCGCGAGGCCACAUGUCUCGGCCAGAAGCCCAGAGUCUCUCGCCGUACACAACCAGUGCCAACCGGGCAAAGCUCCUGGCCAAGAAUCGCCAGACCUUCCUGCUGCAGACCACCAAGCUGACCCGCAUCGCCCGCCGCAUGUGCCGGGACAUCCUGCAGCCGCGCCGAGCUGCCCGGCGUCCCUACGCGCCCAUCAACGCCAACGCCAUCAAGGCAGAAUGCUCCAUCCGGCUUCCUAAGGCGGCAAAGACACCCCUCAAGAUCCAUCCACUGGUGCGGUUGCCCCUGGCAACCAUAGUGAAGGAGCUAGCUGCACAAGCCCCCUUGAAACCAAAAACACCCCGCGGCACCAAGACGCCCAUCAACCGGAAUCAGCUGACCCCGAACCGAGGCUUGGCUGGCAUCGUGAGCAAGCGGGCAUACGAGAGUGGCGCUCCGCAAGGCGCUGAGCCACCUGGAGAUGCGCCGUGCCGCCCGCCGGCCCAACCUGCCCCUCAAGGUGAAGUCGGUGCUGCCCAUCCGGCCGGUGGUGGCCCCCCUGGUGCCCGUGGCCCCGGCCCAUCCUGCCAGCACCAGCGAGCCCAUCAUCCUGGAAGACUGAGCGCUCUCGCUUCUCUGGCGGCCCCUCUAGGAUUCUUGUAGCCAUCUUGCGCAGCACCAACUCCCCUCUCCUGUGUUCGAGGUCAGCCUGGCCGAGGGAACUUCGAGGCUCCAGUUGUGCCGAGCUUUCGCUGGGAUCAGGCCGGGCAGGAGAAGGACAUCUCUUCCCCUUCCCCGAGGUGUAUUUUCCUGGACAUCCUUUGUGCUCUUUUUUAUAUAUAUAUAUAUAUAUUUUAAGUUCCACAUUUUGCCUUUUUUUUUUUUUAACCCUCCCCGACAAUUCAGACUUGCGCACAAAGCUGGCCUCCUCACACCCCCCAUCCAGGGAACUAGGAGAAAUCUAAGUUGCACCCUCCUUCCUGGAGGGGGUGUGGAGAGACCACAGGGGUGGCACGGAAUUGGUGGAACACAAAGCCCCUUUCGGAGUUCCUCCCGUCCCACCCCCACCGCUCUUCCUCCUUCCUUUUUUCUGUCUGCGUGUUUUUCUUUCCGUGGGUCCUUUCUUUUGCAAGAUUGCCCUCUGGUCCCGGAUAGUCUCCUGUUUGGGAGCACAUUCGUCAACAAGCCCUCCCACCCCCCUGUCUUUGAUGAGCCCAUUUUUGUACAUGGUUUGAAGAGGAAAAGUCAGGAUUUUUUAAGUCAGCCUCUGGCUCUUAUAGCAACAAAGAAAAAAAAACAAUAAAUGCUGUUUUCUUCACA